GAAGAAUGAAUCUAUAUUUUAUCCAAUCAGAUGACAACGUUGACACGGCGCGAAUAAUUCUAACGAUGGCGUCGGUGACGGACGACGAGAAGAAGCUUGAGAAGGAGUUCUUGAGCAAGCGACCGCCUCUUGCGUACGCCAAGCUCCAAGGCAAGCUGAAUGACACUGAGCCAUUCGAGGUGGUGAUCACCCAGCUGCCCGUGGAGCUGGGCCGGGGGUCGUUGGAGAACCAGCCAGAAGGACGCAUCUGCUUGGGGGACCAAAUGUCGGUGUCGCGAACGCAUGCCCGCAUCAAUUGGAGUGCGGAAAAGUCGUGCUUCGAGCUUGAAUGCCUGGGCAAGAACCCGUUGUACGUGGCAGGUACAUUCUGUCACUUGGUUUCGUCGUCGGCUCAUGCUGUGUCUUCCAGGUCGGCCAGUUAACAAGGGCACGACGGUGCAGUUGACGCCCAAACUGCCGUUAAAAAUUGGCUCCACUCGCUUUUACUUUUUACCUGCGAUCAAGUCUCCCUGUGGAGUCUUGUCAGGUCUCAAGCUGAUCCAAAAGGGGUUUGAAAAAGCGCCGCAGCCGGCUGCGUCCACAACGGGACUCACCGUGGACGACACGGUGGAUUCCAUCUUCAAAUGUUUCCGCGACAUUGAGUACGAAGUUGGCGGGCGCGACACCCUAGCGUCGUUGAUCAAGGGAUACUUUGAGAAUUCCCCGACCAACUUCAAGCGUAUCAGCAUCUCGGCGACGGGAGAACCAAGGUACAUCCUCAUCAAGCCUGAAAAGCCAGAAGCAGACGACAAGAAGCGGCCAGGGUCGGCUGGACCGGCCGACGCGAAGAAGAAGGCCAAGACGGCACCCGUCGACGCGCCGGACGUGGCCGCGAAGGCACUCGUGCCCACGGACGUACAGCGACUGGACACGAAACACGUCUCGGCUCUCCUUAAUGCGAGCGACUACUAUGGAGAGUAAGAAGUUGCAAGCACUGUAUAAAUAAAAUCACCAAAUGUAUCUGAGUUUCAGUAUGGCAA